UAUGUGUUCACUUUUUAAUUAUCACCUCGUUUCAAGGUAUGUAUGUAUACAUAAUCGACUCCCUACUCCCCGAAGUCCCUUUAUGCCCUUUAUCAUUGCAAUUCAUCAAUUGUCCUUAUCGGCGCUCCGCGAUUAUCCAUCGAGUUAUCGACGAGCCUGCUUUUGCUCGACGUUUUCGACGGCGUCUCCUCGAUGUCGCUUCCGAGCACGUGUAUUUUUCGAAACGUAACGUGUUGAUGACUUGAUGAAAAUUUUCUAACAUAACGCAUAAACGCCCGCGCGUUGGGGAAUCUCGUGCCCAAAAUUCGCCUCGAUCACGCGCCUGUGUGUGUGAGUGUGCGUGCGCAGAAUAUGUAAAAUGGGCGAGUACACGAACGUGUACACCUUCCACGACAAGACCCUCGCCGAGAGGUUGGAGGAGUACACCAACAUCCUGUCGUCGCGUGGGAAAAUAGUGCCCGCCUCGAACAUCCGUACGGAAUGGGUCUGCGACGUGGAGCUCGUCAUCGAGCCGGUCGGCUGGCAGGCGUUGUGGAAGAUAUCGCGCGCCACGUGCGAGAAUUACGGCAUCCGCUAUCCGACCAUCGUCAAGGUGGAGGUCCUGGGGAUGGACUACCCCAUGUUGAACGCCCUGGUGAAGAUCACGGCCGUCCAGGACGACAUACACCUGCCCGAGAAGCACGAGGUCCCGCUGAUCGAGCUCUAUCCCACCAUCGAGCAGGCGAACCACAGCUUGGACAUAGUCGGCACGGCGCAUUGCGUGGAUCGCCUGCGUUUCUUCUACAAUUACCUGUGGAUGCCGUGGGACGAGGACGAGGACGACAACAUCGAUUGGGUGGAGCAGCACCUGGAGCGUAGGAUCAGACUGUUCUUCGACAUGAAUAACGGAGUCGUCAGCAAGGAGACCUGCGACAUUAUCAAAUCGUUAAUCAGCGAGGGUAAAGAGAUACAGAAGAAGAUAUCCACGUACGAGGCUUUGCUGCCUGAGGACUUCCAGGAGGACGACGUUCCCGAAGAGCUGGCCCAGGAAACGUGUACCUUGAUGAAGCUCCACUUUCGGCUUCAGCAGAUCAAAGCUGAGAUGGACCUGCUGGAGAAUCCGUCGUUGAGAGGAUUGCUUGGGAGGAAUCAGUCGUAUAAUAGAAGAAAAAAGCGUGGCGAUAAUGAAAAUAGAAAAAACGUGUGCUAUUUUGUGUGGCUGGGGGGUGUUGUCAAAGAGCUGCAGGAACUCUCCAGUAAAAUUCAAACAAUGUUGCCUGAGGAUACGCCCAUUAAAAUCUGCGGCUAUCUCGACGACGUUAUGGAUAUGUUCGAGACGGGCGAUACUAUUUUUUUGGGCAAAGGAAAUUAUUCGAUUAAAAAUUCCAACGGGUUGCAAGAAGGAGGUUUAAUUAUGGGACUUUCUAACGCAGAGAACACUAUAAUUUCUCCUUCACUUGAGCCAGAUAUGACAUCGUCUCUGUUCGAUCUAUCUGGCAAUGAGAUAUUGUUGAGGAAUAUCUGCAUCGACCUGGGAAUACUUCAGGCAGGCAUAAUUGUCAGGAAGGGUUGUACCGUAAUUGUAACUGGUUGCAGAAUACGUGUCUCUAAUGUCACUGCAAGUAAUAGCGCUAAAUGGGGCGCGGUUGUUAUGCCGGGAGCGAAGUUAGUACUUGAGAACACGAGUUUCCAAGGAUUGGGGACCGCCAUCAUUAUUUAUGGUACCGGCGAGGUCGUUAUGAAUGAUUGUAUCUUUGAAGGCUGCGAGGGUGUACGGCUCAACGACAAUGCAAGUUUUACCGCGAGCAGAUGUUCCUUCGAGCACAUUGAAAAGGGACAAGCUGUCGUGGUAGAAACUGAGAAAGUAACUCGUUCGGAGAGUGUAGAGGUGGGAAGUGAAUUGAACAAUGCGUCUCUAAAAAAUGUCUCUUUAAGCGAAUCUUUUUUCCGCGGUCGCGCGUUCGAAUUGCCUUCUCGACGAGUCGAGGCGCUAAUUAGGGCCGAGUGGAAGUGCACGACGACGAAGUCACCGUUGACGGACGCGUCUCGCGACAUGGUGGAGACGACCGCAGCACCGACGCAGUCCGUCGAUGGACAAACGCAGUUCGGUAACACGCGUCACUUCGAAGAUCCGUCAGACUGCAUCUUCGUCUUCAAGAACACGUUCUCGGAUUACGAGGAGCCGCCCUCCGACGAAGAGGUCGAUUUAAAACCCCUGCGGGAGGCGGCGGUGGCGGUCCCGGCGCCGAAGAUCACCGAGAAGCGAAAAGCCGAGGAUGCCGAUGCCAGCAAGGAUCUGAAGAAGGCAAAAUUGGAAACGAAAGCGCUGAAAGCGAAGAGGCCGGGAUUCACGGACGAGCGGUACAACGAGACCAGUUAUUACGUGGAGCACGGUCUCCGUAAGGUAUAUCCCUAUUACUUUACCUUCACGACAUUCACGAAAGGUCGAUGGGUCGGCGAGAAGAUCCUGGAGGUCUUCGCGAGGGAAUUCCGUGCCCAUCCAGCCGAGGAAUACGAGAGAUGUAUUCGCGCCGGCACCCUCACGGUCAACUAUCAAAAGGUGGACGUCGAUUACAGGUUACGGCACAACGAUCUCCUGGCUAACGUCGUCCACAGACACGAGGUGCCUGUCACCUCGGAGCCGAUCACGGUGAUACACAUGGACGAGGACGUCGUCGUGGUCAACAAGCCCGCCUCCAUCCCUGUGCAUCCGUGCGGUCGUUACCGGCACAACACCGUGGUCUUCAUCUUGGCGAAGGAGUACAACUUGAAGAACCUCAGGACUAUUCACAGGCUGGACCGGUUGACCAGCGGCAUCCUCCUGUUCGGCAGGACGCCGAAGAAGGCGAGGCAGAUGGAGCACCAAAUAAGAAAUCGACAGGUCCACAAGCAGUACGUGUGCCGAGUGGAGGGUGAGUUCCCCGAGGAGGAGGUGAUCUGCUCGGAGCCGAUCGAGGUCGUCUCCUACAAGAUCGGCGUCUGCAAGGUCUCCGAAAAGGGCAAGGAUUGCGUCACCCGCUUCAAGCGUCUCAGCUACAACGGCAAGUCGUCGGUGGUGCUGUGCAAGCCGCAGACCGGGCGCAUGCACCAGAUCCGCGUGCAUCUGCAGUACCUCGGCUAUCCCGUGGUGAACGAUCCGCUCUACAAUCACGUGGUCUUCGGCCCGCACAAGGGUAAGGGCGGUAACAUCGGCAAGACCGACGAGGAGCUCGUCCGGGAUCUCAUCAGCAUCCACAACGCCGAGAACUGGCUCGGCAUGGACGGCGAUUCCGACAUGAGCCUGUUCAAGCCGAAGCUCGAGCUGGAGGAACGGAUGCUGGGCUCCGGCAGCGACAAGGACAACAGCUCCUCGCCGUCGUCCACCCCGGGCCUGGUCGAGGACGAGCAGCAGCAGCCGCCGCCGCCGCUGCCGCCGCAGCAGCAGCAGCAGCAGCAACAACAACAGCCGCAGCAGCAGGAAUCCCUCAAAGUCACCGUGGGCACGCAGACGGGCUCGGAACCGCCGGAUUCCACUUUCGCCAACGACAAGGUCACCGUCGACCCGCACUGCUACGAGUGCAAAGUCAAGUACAGGGACCCGAAGCCGUCGGACCUGGUGAUGUAUCUGCACGCGUGGCGUUACUGCGGCCCGGGAUGGGAGUACGAGACGCCUCUGCCCGCGUGGGCGGCGAGCGAUUGGACCGGCGACGAUCGAUAGUUCGGACGACGCGAUCGAGGACGAUCCACGCGGAUUCCUCGGCGAGCGAUCGUCGUCAUUGCCGUCGUCGAGUCUCGACCCCCCCUUUUGAUAUCCUUACCCCGUGCCUUCCAUCCGCCAAUGAGCGAUCUUGACCAUCGUGCGCAAGCAAGUACAUGUAGACAAAUACACAUACACACAAACGUAUACACACAGUAGGCAAGCAGAGACGUGUGCAUACCCCUGCAACUUGGCCGUCGGACUUUUCGGGGUGCUGCGGCCCGAGAGAAAUGGGAUUGCUGGAACAAUCUCACGUCGCUCGAUACUUACAUUUCUGCAACUCGUCGUCGUCCGUCGUCGAUAUGUAUGCGACAACUUGGCGUUAUCGCGAAACCAAUUCCGACGGCAGCCCGCCGUUUACGCGCAGAAAUGUCACCGCUCGUUCUCUCGCGGCAAGUUCGCCCGUCGCGCGCGCGGACGUCGUUCUCGUUCCGUUAUUAUAUUUCUGGCAGAGAGUCACGCAAAUCCCUCACACGCGGACGAUCUUGCGCGGGGAAACGGUCCGAGACGCGACGUUAUUAUGCGGAUUAAUCAUAGCGACAAAAGACAACCGUUGUUACCGAUCCUAUUACCUACGUAAAACUGUCCUGAUUUUGGGAGCCAGCUAAUAAAUCAGAUCAUUAUUACUUGUUAUUUUUGUCUUGCCGCGGAGCAUGUUCCGAUUUUCUCAAAUCAACCACGUUUCCUCCGAGUAAACCUAGAGCGCCUUGUACAGUUACGCAGUAAAGUCACGUCGAGAUGUAAUAAGGUGCAAUGAUUGUUCCUACGAUCGUUUCUCUCCGCGUAACAGCCAUAAGAAUGUUCUUGCACGGUCGGGUCGGUCAAUGUGGAUCUUACAAGUCGCAGGACUUCGUUGUAGCUUCCGAAUUAAUGACGAAUAGUAAUUUUUUCCCCCUCAGAAAGGUAUAUUGUAACAAAUAUAGGCGAUCUGUGAUUACAUUAUUGGAAUAUUUAUCGAAAUGUUUUAGCGAUAAAAUUACGGCCGUACAGCGAGGCGGCAAAGGCUGAUGAUAACUCUAUUUUUAUUUCAAUUCGCGAUAUAUGCAGAAGAAUAUGAUUAAUUUUUGAUUGUAAUACGGACGAGAUUCGUAUUAGUUACGAUUCCGCGCGAUAGAAAUUGUAUAUAAAAAUUAUUUGCACGAACGCUCUCAGCAGACUGAGACAAAUGUAUAUUCUGGAAAUCGCGGUAAGAGUCUUCGGCCACUUUUAUGAGCAGCGGCGGUUAAAAAGUCACUGCCACUGGAGCGAGAUACCCCUAACAUGUAAGGGAAGAUUGAUGCGUCUGUCGGAGAUGGCAUGGUAUUUCGAUGGAUCGUAUCAUUCAUCUUGAUUUAUGACGUAGAAACGUGGAAAGCCGCGCGUUUCUCGUCUAUUUUCUAUAGUCGCGGAGAAGUCGUCCGGCUCGCGCGCGCAACUUACUCCCCCCCGAUCUUACGGCAACAUUUUGAUUCACGGGAGAUAUACCCGCUCGAUCCAUUUCUCAAAAUUCCAGCGCUUUGCAGAAGCAAUGUCUUAUCAUCCGAGAAUAAACGAUCGGGCGCGGAGCAGCGGUAGUAUAUAUGUAUGUGACGCGUUUCGUCCUGACUCGAUCCGACGUUCUCGGGAGAUGUUCUCGGUAAAUCACCGUCGUGGCUUCGAAUUUGACUCGAGAUUCGACUUCGGUCGGACGGAAGUGAAUAGGCGAUAUCGAUUAUAUUCGGCGGCGGUGUUGCUUUUGGCAUCAAAUCCACCUCAAUACUCCGGCUUGACAGAAGUCAGCUAUAACUGGGAGAUAAAUUUAUCCCCGGCGGGGAUCGGCUUUGGAACAAUUUCAACGAAGCCCUGCGAUUUUCCGUAUUAUCGUACAGUGGUUGUGUAUCGCUAGUAUAUACUCGUUAAGAGAAAGAUUACCGUAAAACAUCGUGAAUUUGAACGAGAGGGAGAGAGAUCGAGAGGAACAGAGAAAUAAACGUCGGUAUUAAUCGUAUAUUAACGCUGUUAGAGGAAAUCUCCCCGAUAUGGUAUCUCUGUUACUCGCGGUCGUCAGUCUCCUAUCGCGCCGAGUUCGCCAAGUUCUCCGAAGGACACCGCCGACUGCGUAUCGUAUUCUCGAGACCGCGCGCGCGAGUAAGUAAACGGCAUUAUUUCUUACGUUCACCGACGAUGAGACUACGUUCCUCAUUGAGGACGACGCGACGGUCCGAUUCCCAUUCACACGUGCGCGCAACGCUCUUUCGCACGGUUUCGAGAAUAGACUCCUUGGAAUCGGGGCGAGACGCCGAUCGGGGGAGAAAGAGGAGGAGUAAGACGAAGGAGAUGGAACCGUAUCCUCCCGAAGUGGGCAUAGGGUAGGGGACUGACGUGCGGGAACCGCGAUAGAGGCGCAUCUAUUUUUAUGGCAGAUAUUUAAGUGGGGAACCAGUGCGCGCGGUGGCGCGGGUCCAGCGGCAGGGUUCUCCAACAAUAAGCGUGAUCUUGCCCAGAAGACAGCCAAUGAUCAUGCCAAAGAGCGUGCGACCAGCGAGCUUUCAAUCAUAUCGUGCAUAAUGUAACGCUCUUCUCGAGAUGUCCUCGUCGGCCUCGAGAAGAGCGCGGCCCGUCCGCGCGCGUGGUCGGGCCGGACAGAAGGAAGAGACAAGGUGUUUCGCAAAACAAGUACAAUCCGAGAGCGAGUGGAUAAGCGCGUGCUACAAUUUUAUUUUAUUAUACAAAGUCGUCGCGUUCUCUCGUCUCCGUGCGUCUUCGAGAGGCCGCGAAGGACACGCGAGAAGCGUGUGCGUCUUCUCCACCGCCGCCAGCUUCCACGUUGUCAGGCUCCGUCCUCCGUCCGCCGUUCGCUCCGAUUCGCGUAUACCGCAGGGAUCGAUCGGCAGAAAUUGCUAUUUCGUGAGCUUUUUUAUUUCAUGACGAUUGUGUUCUGCACACGCGCGAUGUCGAAGAAGCCCUCGUACGCGCAUACGAGGCCUGUUUCGCGUCAUGCGUUGCGCGAUAACACGCGGCGCGAAGUGUUUGCAAGAACGGGCGGACAGGGACGGGGCCCGAAGCGACAAAACACACGGAGCAGACAAGCUCCGCGUGUGACGCGGUGCUUCAGAGGCCUGUAUUUUGGCGUCGAGAAAGAGAGAGAUCGUUAAGUCGUCGUGAGCAGUGAUGGGAAGUGAUCCAGAAACGAUUGGGCGAAGCUACAGACGCGGCGAAUGCAUCAGAUUACUAUGCCUUCCGAUGAAAUUAGCGACUCUUCGACUCUCAAAACGUCAUAAUCCGGGACACUUCUCUUUUCUAAACGGGGCCAAUUCACGCGCGACCGCGUCUGGAUGCUUGCCGAGGGAUGAUCUUCGACGACAAGUGCUAUGACCUGCGAUUAUUACGCCACGACGUGCCGUAUCAACGAGAUUUAAAUUAAAUUAAGUUCGCACUGCCGCGCGACGUAUAUACGCUGUUAAUUUACGUUUAGAACACGGUCGAAAAAUUUGUGUGUUUGCUAAGUACAUAUAUAUAUAUAUCUUUAGAAUAGCUUCCCCGUUUUAGUUUUAGAAACGAGAGCGUGAGAGCCUUAGGGACGAUUGCUUUUAGGGCUGGCAUAGCUAUUAACUUGAUAGAUUCUUCCUGAAAUCGGACACUCGAUAGGAUCAAGAUACGACUAUCGGAAGAAGCAGUUAUCCUCUUUACCUAAGGUUUAACGCUGGUUAUAAUAUAUACAAUGGGUUAGUGCCUAAAAAUGUUCAAGGAAAAUGUGUAUCGGUAUCGUGCCUAAACAUUUUUUCAAUCUGGAGCGAGCACUUGGGACAAAAAAACAAUCUUGCCAUCACUGCCCGCGAGUCAUGAAUAAAGGAGAUGCGAAGAUAAAGGGGAACGUAAUAUCGGAUUCGCGACGAAAUGAAAUGGAUUUGGUAUAGAUAAUAUAUGUAUAAUAUAUGUAUACAUAGAGAAAGAGAAUAAGAGAGACGGAGAUAACGUAACACAACGGACCUAUCAUAAAAGACAGUGUGUGCGCUUACUAACACAAGCGGGAUAGCUCGCCAGAGGAGACGAGCUACCCCGAGAAUGUAACGGCUAGCUUAAAUCUAUUAUUUAAGAGUAAACUAACGAUAAUUCGAGAAACCGCGAAAAAGACAGUUCCGACUUUAGUGGCGCUAAGCGAGAAAGGGGAGCGAGAGAGCGGGAGAGAACGAGAGAGAGAGAGAGAGAGAGAGAGAGAGAGAGAGAGAGAGAGUGUGCGAGUGCGAGAGAAACGAGAGACAGGGAGAGCAGACGCAACGGUCUGCGGAACAAGCGAACGUGCUUUUGUAUAUAUGUAUUGUAUACGCACAUUGUACCGUAUCUAAAGUCACAUUAUUAUCCGUAUUGUAGCCGGCGGAACGUUUUAGCGCUAGUGAAUUCUCUUGUAUGAUGAACGAAUAAAAUGCAAAGUAUCGUUCGAUAAAA